AUGCAACCUCCCAGGGAGAGUACAAUCGACGUUUGCCAUCUUGGAACAUUAUUUGUAAUCGAUAAAAGGAGGACCGGUAGAUUUUAUUUCCAUGACAUUUUAGAAUUUGCAAAGACGUAUGCAUCUCAAGCAUUAUUAAAUGGUAGGAAAGACGAUUUUCAAUCUAAAUUUCAAGCAUAUUGUACCUUAAAAAUGUGGAACGAAAUUUCAAAUGAUGAUAGAAUUUUUGUAGAAUGGUUCACAAAACUAUUUACAGAAAACCCAAAUUACACUCAAAAGUUUGAUGCCCACAACGAAUUAUAUUUAACCAGUGAUGCAAUUAAAAAAAUGUAUCAGAUAUUAUCAAUCAAAAACUACUAUGGUGGUGAUUUUCGGGGUUUUUUAGAUUUAAUGCAAAGAUCAGCAGAGGAAGAAAAUUUAAUGAAGUUGGAUGAGGAUGAGUUGGAUGAUGUAGUACCAGCCCAAAUUUUAAAGAAAUUUUCUAAACAUUUUAUUGAUGGUUUUAAAAAAUUAAUGGCUGAACUUGGAUUCCAAACAGAUUUACUUUCAAAUGUUCAAUAA